UCCACAGCUGCUCUCAGGAGCUCUGAUAGACGAGGCCAAACACCUGGGCAACCUGAGCUUCAACAUCUGGAACAAGAUGAAGGACAUGGUCUCCUACACUCCUGUGAUUCUGGACCCAAAAUCUUGUUAUCCAACCCUCACCCUGUCUAAAGAUCGGACCAGUGUGAGACUAGGAAAGAGAAAGCAGCUUCCUGAUAACCCAGAGAGGUUUGGUAGAUACCCCUUUGUCCUGGGCUCUGAGGGGUUUAACUCAGGGACUCACAGCUGGGAUGUCGAGGUUGGAGACAGUACAGGCUGGUCACUGGGUGUGUUAGCAGAGUCUGUCCAGAGGAAGGGAGUCAUACAGUCUGGAUUAUGGAGAAUAGGUUUCUAUCAAGGUAAAUACUCAGCAUGGUCUCCACCAGCUCCAACGACUGAUCUCGUAGUGCAGAAGAAGCUCCAGAGGAUCAGACUGACUCUGGACUGGAACAGAGGAAAGCUGUCGUUCUUUGAUGCUGAUACUAACACACACAACACACACAUACACACCUUCACACACACUUUCUCAGAGAAGAUGUUUCCAUUCAUUAGCACUGGGGUUAACGUCCCACUGAAGAUAUCACCAGUGAACGUGUGUGUGACAGUGGAGCAGAGCAGUUAGAGAAAAAGAGGAUGGUUAUAUUCAUGAUGUUCGCUGAAUUUCACCUUUUACAUCAUUUCUCAUCCUAAUGUCUCAUUAUUACAAAGAUAUGUUUCAUUUUCUUUUCAUUUGUUGUUUAGUUUCACAGUCUGCUUUUUGUUUAGUUGACCUUUUUAAAGAUUACAAUAAUCUAGCUGACACCUUUAUCCAUGCGAUUUACAAUACAAAACCAAAAAUUGCAGAAUUCUGCAAAAACAAUAUCUGCAUCAAAUAUGUUGAACUCCUGGGGGCCUGGGUGAACUAGUAGUAGAGCACACGCCCAUAUAUAGAGGCUCUGUCCUCGACACAGAGGCUGCAGGUUCAAUUCCGACCUGCAGCACUUUCCCUGUAUGUCAUUCCCCCUCUCUCAUGUCCAAGCUGUCACAAAAAUAAAGGCCUAAAUGCCGCAGUGCUGCAGUCACAGGCAAUAGGAGACAAAGUUGAUAUGUUUUAUUCUUUUUUAACAAUACUUUUUUCUCUUUAAAUUGUUGUUUAUGUUUUAUCAUUUUGACUUGUUUGUGCAAACACUUCGUAGAUGCUGAUUUAAUCCAAAUAGAGGGAAAUGAAUCAAUUUAGCAAAAACUGCAUGUUUAUGCAGCAUCAUUGUUCAGAUCCCAAAAACGUUUUCUCUUAAAUUCUAGUCCAGAUUAUAUCUAUGUUAAAUUACAUGAAAUUAAUUCUAAAUUUUCCAAAAUAUAUCAACAAUUUUCUAUUUGAUGUAAUAAAGAAAAUGUGAUUCUGUAAAA